AUAAUAAUACCGUACAGAAUAUGUGUAAUAUUCGUUGUAUUAUAAAUUUAUAGAUAAAUUAAAAAAUAUUGACUUUUGAAACUAACUAAUCCGAUUACCGAUUUGUCGGACAUUAAUUUAGUUUUAUAAUUAUAAUUUUAAUUACUUUAUUAAAAAAUGAUAUAAAUUGCGUUAUUUCAGAAACCUUUGAAUUGUGAUUCCCCACCUUGCUUCCUACCUCUAUGUUUAACGGUCAUUUUCAAACUUCUCCCCGCCCUUAGCGUCGUUUCGUUAACUGUUUCUUGCAGACCUGUCUGUUAAAACGAGUUGUUAACAUUGUUCAGGAAAAUAUUAGUUACAUUGUAUUUUAGUUAUAAUGGAUCAUAAUCAGUGGAACAGAAAUGUAAUCGAACAUAGAAUUGAACAGUGGAGGGAACAAAGGGCCCAAAAAAUGGCAGCCAGACUUCAACUCCACUCUACUAAACCUAGAACAAUAUCUUCUAAUGUUUUGGGCUAUGUAAACUACAGACAGCCUAUGACUCUUCAGCCUGGUUUUAGGCAGCAACAUGGAGAAGGUCCAAGGUUCAAUAGCCAUGGUGAUCAAAGAUGGAAUCCUAACUAUAAUUAUUCUGGAUAUAGAGAGCAUCAUUCACCGCAUAAGCAGUAUCAUCAAGCAGAUCAUAGGAAUCAUGGUUAUGGUCAUGGAUCAUACCAUCAACAGCAUGGGCAGAAGAAAGGUGGUCAUUUUAGUAGCCACAAAUCAUUGUAUAACGAUAGGAAAUCGACUAAUAAACCUAACAAGAGAUUUUCUUCAAGUUGUAAUAGCAUUAAUAAUACUACAGAAGUUGGAAACCAGAAUGUUGUUUGCCCAUCAGAACAGUUUACUGCCAUUGCGAAUGAAAAUGCUGGCCCUUCCUCAAAUUUGGAAGUCAAUGUUGAUACACAUCAGGUUAAUUCUGAAUGUAGUGAAAAUAUGACUGCUGUUGUGGAAAAUGCAUUAAAUGUUGAGGAAGAAAUAGAAAAAGGUUCUGAUUCAGAUGAAAGGUUUCAAGAAAGUUCACUACCUGAAUCAGAUAGGCUUCAAGAAAAUACUGUCAGUGAAGCAGUUGAUACUCUCCAAAAUUCUGAACUCAAUGAAAAUCAUCUUCCUGAGCCCCAAAGUUGUAUUGAUAGUUGUGUGCCUGUUGAGGAAGAUGUAAUCAGCAAUAUUUCCGUGCUGGAACCUCCUAUAAAUAGUUCGGAAGAAGAACCUACAUUAUUUAUUGAUGCAACCUCAUCAAUUGCAUUAAAUGUAGAAAAUUCCGAUGAAAUAACUGUUGCUGAAGCUGAAGCUAUCCCAGAAUUACGAGUUGAAGUGAAUGACCCUGAAACCUUUGAACAAUCAGCUGAAAUUCUAUCGAGUGAAAUUGAUCAGAAAGAAGAACUGCAAGAAAAUACUCCUGUUGAAUUAGUCUGCGAACAAGUUGUAAAAAUUCCUGAAAAUCCCACUGUACAUUAUGAAUGUACAGAUGAAGAAAUUGUAACAAAUGUUGAAGAAAUUGUAACAAAUGUUGAAGAAAUUGUAACAAAUGUUGAAGAAAUUUCAGCAAUUGAACAAACAGCAUCUUCUGAAAUUAAUAGUGAUGCUGCCAAUGAAACUCUAGAUUUAGAAUUAAAUUUAAGUUUUAAACCAGAAAUAGAAAUUGUUGUUGAAGAUACAGAAGAGCCUGUAGAUCCUUUGCAACUGAAUGCUGAUGAAGUAGUUGAUUCAGCAUCAAACGAACUGAGUAAUAAUGAAGGAAUUCAAGAGAGUUAUGCUGGAACCUCAUACAAUGAGAAUGCUGCAGUUUUUCCUGUGGCAUUACUUGUUGCUGGUGAUUCAGAUACUGAAGCUUCUAUAAUCCGAUACGAAGAUAUAUCUACAGAAAGUGAUCAUGAUCUUUCUAGGGAAAUUGAACGUGUAGAAAACAAACUUGCUAACAUAAGUAUUGUCAAUAAGGAAGAAGUGACAAGUAAUGAAGAAUGUUUUACUCCUAUGAAAAGAGAAAGACGGCAGGUUUUGUUGGAUGCCACAAACAUCCUCCCCACAUCUACAAUCAAAUUUGCUGUCCGUGAAGUCAGGAAAAAUGAUGAAACUGAGGUCAUUGUUACACCUGUACGUCGAUCUGCUCGUUUGAGCACUUUGACACCUGUAUCUGCUCAUAAGAAUAUUUGUGUGCAAAAGCUAGAAGAACUAUCUCCUGAAGUUAUCCAAAAAAUGAAAUUUAUACAAAAUCCAGCCAUCGAGAAUCCACCCGAUUCAUGUAUUAAUAUGGUGGUGGACCCUUUGAAUGUCGAUGCUAUUGAGGCAAAAAAGAAAAAGUUAGUGAUACGCACUUCACAUUUUGUUAAAGAUACUUAACAAGAAAGUCCCUUUAUAAAUUAGUGUUUUUUUUCUCUUGAUCUAUAAUUUCUACUGGGAUAAGAGUAUGUUUAUGGAUUAAUUUUUAUAGGAUAUAACGGACUUUCAUUAAAAGAAGACAAAAUGUAACUAAAACUAUGAAAGAUACUAACAAACAUUUAAGAAGAUAUAAAUUAUUUAUUUAGGUACUCAUACAUUUUAUGGUUUAUGAUUUUCAAUAAUGAACCAUUGUGUUCGACCGAAAAAUUCAAAACCUUUAUUCCUCUCAUAAUUUAAG